AUGGGCUGCUCGCAGUCAAAAACAAGAACCAAGGAGUGGGGCGGCCCCCAACAAAGGAGGCGAUCCCCUCUUAAGAACCCUUCAGAGAGGCAUGGGGAGCCCGUCGUGGCGGACGCGGAGAUUCCGCCCUUCUCCCCCGACAAGGAACUGGUGACAUGGUACAAUGCCCAGUUGGAGGAGGGACGGAAAAUCUUCUGCGCACCCCCCGCAGCCUUGGAUAAAUCCCCGCUUCCGGGGACACCCGUUGGCAGCAGUCAUACCAAGAAGAAAAGAGGGUUUCCAGAAAAUGUGGGUAACGACGAGGCCCUGACGCUGUACCAGGUGUCACCCCUCAAUCAUGUCAUUGGCCAAGGAUACUUCAGUAGAGUAAUGCUGGCGGAUAUGACGGUGCAAAGUACAACCGCCGAUGCACUGGCAAAGAACGGCAUUGAGGCACACUUACAUCCCAGGAAGGAUCUGUCUCAUGGGGCCUCACUGGGAAGCACGAAGGCGAAUUUACUGGACGCAACACAUUCCGCCUCCCGCAGGUACCUGAUUGCAUGCAAGGAAUAUGCAUUGGCUGGUGAUAGCGCCUUUUUUAUCUACAAUCAAUUGCGAAAGGAAGUAAAACGAUUGACGCACCUAACAUUUAGUCCGCGUUUAUUGAAGGUGCUUCAUAUGGAGGCGGUAUAUGAGGAUUCUUCGACAACGGAGAACGAUACUGGGAGGCGUCUGAAACUUUUCAAGGGAAUGGCAAGUCAUUUUGCAGGUGAGGGGGUAGCAGGUGGUAGUAAAAAGCAUGGAUUCCGCAAACAGGGGGAUAGAAGUUCCGCGGGUAACUCUCAUAAAAUACCCGAAAAGGUGCGGAUCUACAUGGAGUACGCCAAGUACGGCACACUGCGUAACAUGCUGCUUAGCGAAAUUCCUAAAAAAUUUGGUAAGACGUACAUGCAUGAACUUACCGUGCGGGCAUAUCUUCGCGAGGUCCUUAUAGCGCUGGCGUUUCUUCAUGAAAAUGACGUUGUUCAUGCAGACCUCUGUGCAAAAAAUAUUUACAUCUCGGAUCACAUCACAAAUGUUUACACGACGUGUUUUCCUGCGUACAUUGCAGAUAUUCCGGCCGGGAAAUUUGCAACGGUGCCGGCCGAGUGGGUACGUCGUGUGUUGGCACUUAUGGAUCCGGCAUGUAUGCAGCCACAGUAUUGCUCGGGGGAAGUUGACAAAGUACACAACGACAGUGUCAUGACACACCUCGGCUGGCUUCCGUCGGUGGAAGCCUCGGGGAUGCAAAACCAUGGCGAAACAGAAGUGUCGCCCGCAGUACCCACCACUCGUGUGGAAGAAGAACAAGGGCAUCAUUUCCAUACCAUAACAUCCGGCCAUGCAGUAGCUUCAGCAGCAGCAGCAGCGGUGGCGGAAAAUAACUAUAGGCAGAACAAUGCAGACGAAAAUGAAGCGGAGGAUGACCGCUGCCGUUGGGUGGAUGAGGGGGUGAGAAUGUACUUGCAGGAGCACUCUUACAACGAUGAUGACAACAUACCGCUUCCCUCCCCACUCUCAAGUUUGGAAGGGGGUAACGUCUUUAUGAGUCCAAAAUUAGAUGGGGUCACAAUUUUGCGUAACGGUUCUUUUUCACGCUCACCGCUAUUGCCUUCCAUUCCUCCGUUACUGUUAAACCAAACUGUCUCAGGUGAAUAUUCCCAAAACACCAUCAAGAGGAUCAUGAGCAGCAUGCAAAACAGCAGUACUUCUGUUUGUCCUCAAGGCGAUGAGAGUUUAAAACAAAUGAACCCUGAUGCAUUGGCAGGUAAUAGUGGACACCAUGAAAGGCACGAAGGCGGCCUUGUAAAGAGCCCCUUGGCGCGUCGCUCACGGAAGCCAUUGAUUAAGUUGGGCAACUAUGGCCGAGUCCGUCCCAUCCUUGUCGGUGAUAGCGAUAAAGAUGUGCAUAAACUGGGACGUGUGACACAUUUGGCACCAGAGAACGUUCAGGGAGCUUCUUUUACUUCUGCAAGUGACAUUUACGCCUUUGCCAUGACAUUUAUAGAGUUAACAACUCCAAAUGAUGGUCUCUUUGCGGACCAACGCCCCACGGACAUGGAGCCGCCCCGCACUCGGCAAGGAAAAAGUGAGUACGAUGCAGCUUGGCUGGCCAACAUUAAGCGAUACCUUUUUAAAAAUGAUAACGUAGUCCCCUUGCCGCCGCAACUCUCGGAGGAGUGUAAGGCGAUGCUGCGUCUUUGUCUGCAGUAUGACCCCGCAAGGCGCCCAACAGCCGUGGAACUAUUGCAGUGCAAGUACUUUUUGCUGGGCCAUUGGGUGAACGUUGCGACGAAGAAUGGGAAGAUAGAGGCGCCGUGGCUCGACACAAAUUAUGAAGCGGCGGCGGAGGCGGCGGGAUUGCCGCGGCUCCCGUCGGAGACGGGCAUUUAUGAUGUCGGAACUCUGCUGAGAGGGAGAGCGGGGGGGAAGAAGAAACCCGCAAAGCGCAUUUGA